AUGAAUGGUUUUUCAAGGGUUGAUACUCUUUCUCUUUAUGGAGAAUGCAAUUUUAUUGAAUCAUCAAAUCUUGGAUCAGCAGUUUAUUUACCAAGAUAUAUUGGAAAUGUAACUAAUCUCAAACUAUUUAUGAAAUCAUUCAAGAAUGAAUUGAUCAAUUGGUUUCAAACUCAUUAUAGUCAACUGAAAGCAUUGGAAAUUAACCUUUCUGAUAGUUCAAUUCCACAAUAUAUUCUAGAUGAAUUUUACAAAAUUCCAUUCAAUCUGGAAGAAUACAAAUUAACUGGAUUUCCCAAGACGCCAAAUAUUUCACCAAUGAAAAGUUUGAAAACCUUGAAAAUUGAAGUUGACCAUGAAACAGAUUUUCACAAUAUUAUGAGUAGUGAAGUUAAAUUUGAAAGAACUUGA